UCUCUUCUUCUUCUUCUUCUUCUCUUUGCUUCCGUUCGUCAAUAAUGGAAGGAAGUGAUUCAAUCACCACCGUUUCGUCUACUCCACUAUCUCAAUCUCCUUCUUCUUCUUCUUCUCCCGCUUCACCGCCGCCUCUCGUUCUCAGUCCUUGUGCGGCCUGCAGGAUUUUGAGGCGGCGAUGUGCCGGAGGAUGUGUAUUGGCGCCCUAUUUCCCUCCCACUGAGCCGGCGAAGUUCGCCAUCGCUCAUCGAGUUUUUGGCGCGAGUAAUAUCAUUAAAUGCUUGCAGGAACUGCCUGAAUCACAAAGGGCCGAUGCAGUGAGCAGCAUGGUUUAUGAAGCAAAUGCGAGGAUCAGAGACCCUGUUUAUGGAUCAGCAGGGGCCAUUUGCCAACUCCAAAAGCAAGUCAAUGAUCUUCAAGCGCAGCUAGCGAAGGCUCAGGCUGAGCUUCUCAACAUGGAAUGCCAACAAGCCAAUCUGGUGGCCUUCGUUUGCAGGGAAUUAGCUCAGUCUCACCACCAGUGUUUUGAUGAUUUCAAUGCCAGCCCUCACAGCGGCUUCCAUAGCAUCACCCAAACCAACUUCGAUGAUUAUAGCAAUGUAAACCAAAUAUGGGAACCUCUCUGGACAUGAAUUAUCUGAUCUUUUGGUUUCUGCAUCUAAGGUGUUUGAUAAAAGGUUCCAAUGAAUUUUCACCAAACUCUUGAGCCAAUUUCUGCUUCAAAAGGAGGGAAAUUAAAGCUCUCUAUCCUCAAUUCCUCUGUUAGGCCAAAAAAAAAAAA